AUGCCCUCCAAAAGGGAUGUUGAGGAGGACGACUACACGCCGCAGGAGCGGCUGACGGCGGCGGCGCUCGAGUACAAAAAGCUGGAGGCGCACAAUCAAUCUAGCAUUGAACACAUGUACAGUGCCCUGUCCUCGCCUUUCAAGGUUGCCAACAAGCCGUGCGAGGUCCCGCGGGCGGCGGUGCUGCGGUGUUUUGAGGGCAUUCUGGGCAACGCAGGCAACGGCACCGACGAGGACACGGUGCGGCCUGCCGAAGUCACUGCCCAGAGUAGCGGCGACGGCAAGCACAACGCUGCCGAAGGCGCUGCCUCCGUCCCGCCCACCCCGCGGUUUCCGUCGGUGCACCGCUGCUACGACGUGGUGUUGCAGUACGAGUCGUGUGUGCUGGAGAAGACGCUUGCGCGGCACCACAGCCUUCUUGUAGACUUCGAGGCCCGGCAAGGACAGGAGAUGAAACUGGCCGAGGAGGCAGCAGCCGGUGGCGUGAGUGGCAACUGA